AUGGACCAGAGCUCUCAAGAUCUUGUCAUCAUGUCUGGACGAGGAAAAGGCGGUAAAGGACUCGGGAAAGGAGGCGCCAAGCGGCACCGUAAAGUAUUGCGUGAUAACAUCCAAGGAAUCACCAAACCAGCAAUCCGUCGUCUCGCUCGCCGUGGCGGUGUCAAGCGUAUCUCCGGUCUGAUCUACGAGGAGACUCGCGGUGUGUUGAAGGUGUUUCUGGAGAACGUGAUCCGUGACGCUGUCACAUACACCGAACACGCCAAGAGAAAGACCGUCACUGCCAUGGACGUUGUGUACGCGCUGAAACGACAGGGACGAACUCUGUACGGCUUCGGAGGUUAAACGACUUUAUUCUGCGGACAUCAGGCAAACCCAACGGCUCUUUUAAGAGCCACCCAUGUUCUCCCUUAAAAGAGUCAACCUUUG